AUGCGCCACAGCCUGGCGCAGCUGCCGGCGGCCCCCUCGGGCGGAGCGAGCCCCUCCGGCGCCGCGCGGCCGCUCGCCGGCGAGGGGGAUCCGGGCGCGGCGCGGGCUAAACAGCAGCUGCUGCCGCCGCCGCCGCCGCGGCGGGAGGAGACGGAUCCGGAUCCGGAGGCGGCGGCCGGGGGCCCGCCGGCGGCGUGGGAGCAGGAGGACUGGUUCCCGGGGCUGGAGCUGGGCGACCUGCUGGAGGCCGCGCGGCCGGACUGGGACCUGGACGCCGAGCUGAGCGGCUGCUUCUGCGGCGAGCCGGAGGCGCGGCCGGCGGCGGCCGGGCGGAGGAGCGGCGGGGCGGGGAGCCGGCUGAAGGCGGCGGCGGCGGCGCGGCUGAACCGGCUGAAGAAGAAGCAGUACGUGCUGGGGCUGGAGAGCCGCCUCCAGGGCCUGGCCGCCGAGAACCGGCAGCUGCGGGACCGCAACCGCGGCCUGAGCCGCCGCCUGCGGGAGCUGGAGCGGGAGAGCAGCUACCUGCGGGCCGUGCUGGCUAACCAGAGCGCCCUGGGGCAGCUCCUGGGCCGCCUGGCCGGGGUCCGCGCCGGCGGGCUGCAGCUCGGCACCAGCCUCUUCAGGGAGGCGGCCGGCCCCCGCCGCCCGCCGCAGCAGCACCGCCAGCACCACCCGCACCCGCAGCCCGGCGGCGAGAGCGGCGACCACGACUACGCCCUGCCCAGCUCCCGGCCUCCGAGGCUGGAGGAGGCGGCGGGGGAGCCGCAGGAGGAGUGGGCGGCCGCCGGCGGGAUCUGCCUGCACGUGGAGCGGGACCGGGUGUCGGUGGAGUUCUGCUCCGCUUGCGCACGGCGCGCCGCCGCCGCCUGCAAAAUUUUCUCUUUUAGGUGCUUGCCCUGCCAGGCUCCGUUGUGUAGGGGUUAAAGAACAGUCGUUUUCCACCUCGCAACCUGUGGAUUCAGCUGUGUUGGGGCAGAAGAGACGGGACCAGCUGCUGGCCACAUUUCCUGCUUUAUUUUAAAAGGUAGUAUAAGAAAUGAGAAUAAAGAGGUAACAGGGCUUUUACUGUCUUUGCUCUUUCAAAAAUUAAAAAAAAAGUUGAAUGCUGAGAUCAUUUAAUGUCGUCCAGGAUAUUUUUUUUUUCAAAAGACAGUAUCCUAUCAAACAGGUUUUUCUGCAGUGUAUUCAGAAUUCUGUCAGUUCACAGAGUACAGUGCCAGCACAGAAGAGAGUUGGUGGGAUGUACGUUAUGUAACACCUCUGUGGCAUCAACAGGACUUAAAGUUUCAGUCUUAGAUUGUGUAACCCUGCUGUAAUUGAUGGGUUGUACAAAUGCCACAUGAAUCGGAGUUAACUAUCAAGACCGGUACUAACUGAUAUGCAAAAUGGAAAUAAUGGAGCUGGACUGAGCUUGGUUGAAUCAACCUAGCUCAGACUUAGCAAACAUGCUUUAUUUAUAAAGUUUAACAUGCUUGAUUAAAAGACAAACAGUAAUGUAACAUGUAUGGGAUGUUACAAUAACAUUUCUAUGGUUACUUCAGAGUAGAAGUGUGUUUUAACUUAACUUAAAUAUGCAUUCUUUUCUUUUGUAUCACUGCUAAGUGACGGGAGUCAGAGACUCAGUUUUGGUCUCUGUUAGGAACCUGCACAUCACUUAGUCAUAAAACUAUCUAAUAGCUGUGUCUGAGAGUAGCUGAUUUUAUGACAUGAAAAUUAGGUAUACUGGUACAAGAAGGUCAAGUCCCGAUAAAGUAAGUGGCUGCAGGCAUUUCUAGUGCCUACUGAAUCAUAUUUAAACCAAAUAGAGGAGAGGAAGUUAUUGGAAAUGCUAACCAACUGUACUAUUUGUAUAGCGUAUUAUUAAUGUAGCUUUUUGAAGUGGAAGCCUUGAAAUGAUACAACUUAAUACUUGAAAAAAUAUUGUAAUUGUUUCUUUGUAAUUAUGUGCCAUCCAGAUAAGAAUACAGUAUCGAAAUAAAAUCAGACUUGUUGAUCUUUCA